AUGUCUGCGGAGGACGCAACUACAACAAGCAGCGUCAAUCCAGCUGCUGCCGCUCCAUCUUCGAAUCAGCCAAGUCAGGAGACACCGGCGGACACAAUGGUCGUCGCACCAGCAGCAGUGGUCUCGUCCGCUGUAGGACCCAUUCGGAAUGCUGUUCGCACCGUCACCAGCUCUGCCGCAGCCUCAACAUCAGCGCGACCGCUUUCUGGCAUCUUCGGAAUCAACAAGCCCAGCGGGCCCACCUCGAUGUCGCUUCUGGACGAGCUCAAGCCUCUCUUCGCGUCCUCUUCACUAUUCGCAGACGCAGACGGCAAUCGAGCGCAGGACAACAAGCGAAAGCGCGGCAAGUUUCGCGGCAAGGGAAAAGGCAAAUGGGCCGGGGGUGUUUCUGGCGCUCCUAAGAUCGGUCAAGGUGGCACGCUUGACCCGCUUGCUGAUGGUGUGCUGGUAGUUGGCGUGGGGAGCGGCACCAAGCAGCUUCAAAAAUACCUCGAUUGCACCAAAGAGUAUCGCAGCACGGGCUUGUUAGGCUCUGCGACCACGUCGUAUGACUGCUGCGACCCGAUUUUGACAAGAAAGCCGUACGGUCAUGUCACACCGCAGGUGAUCGCGGAUCUGGUGCCGAGAUUCACAGGGACAGUCUCGCAGAUCCCGCCGCUCUACUCGGCGGUGAGAAUCGAUGGAAAGAGACUGUUCGAGUAUGCGAGGGAGAAUCUGCCGUUGCCUCGACCGAUCGAGCCACGCAAAGUGACCAUCCACGAGCUGCGGCUGGUCGACUGGUUGGAGGGCGGCAAGCAUGUCUUCAAGGAGCCAGAGCGCGAGGUGCCGCCAGAAGACAAGGCGUUGGUCGGCAGAGUGCUCGAUAUGGCUGGCAGGAAGGAAGGGCAGACGGACACAGUCAAGGAGCAAGACGGCGACGAUGUACCGGCCCAAGCAUCAGCGUGGCAGAGGCUUCCGACGAGCAAAGACGCCGCAGCGGUCGAUACCGAGAGCAAGGCCACAGAAGAGGGCGCCACAGGACCGCCAGCUUUCGUGCUCGAAAUGACUGUAUCGUCGGGCACCUACGUCCGCUCCAUCGUACACGACCUUGCCAUCGCCGCCGGCUCAGCAGCGCACGUGCAGACGCUGACUCGAACACGGCAAGGCGAGUGGUCGAUCGAUACGCCCAGUAGCACGCAGGAAGGUGUCGUUCGCGGCAAUUGCAUCGACUGGAAGGUGUUUGCGGACGCCAUCGCCGAGUUGCAGCGAGAGAGAACGGACUCGACUUACCAGUCGGCUCGCGACGAAGAGGGAUUGAGGCCGUGGGAGCGCGAGCUUCUCAAAGUCAUUGUUCCUGUCUAG